UUCUGUUUAGCCUGGAUGCACUUACUAAAAAUAAGUCAUUUAAAAUAAAAUACACAAACAGCAUGUAAACAGUAACCUCCUGGUCGAAACUGGUUUCUGUGGGACACUCAUCUGCUUUGUGUUGAUUUGGGCUAUCUGAACGCGUGCACUUCCUGGAUCUGGACUGUCCCACCGCGCAUGGGACGCCGCUCAAACCCAUCCAUCCUACGGCCUCUCGGGUCAGUUAGUAUGCCCCAUAUCUCACGUUACACGCACAGUCCCGUUUUCAGCGUGGACAGGCGCGCUGAGCGUCGAGGCUCGAGCUCAUUCUAACAGGUGGCGAGCGAUUUCAGGUGGAGCAGCAGUUCAUUCACUGAGCCGACCGACGAACGGACGCUGAGAGGAUCACUCGCUCCUCAAUAUAAGCAAUUCGUGGCGUAUUAACACAGUCUAGUCGUCGUAUUUAGGCGAAGGACAGAUUGGUUUAAUUAGCCUUCGGCUUACAGGUGGGCGAAAGCCGUUUGUAGGACGGCCCCUCUUUCAGUUCCUCAACAGGAGACGCGGGACUGUCAUUUGUUUGCCAUCCUGUGGGACAGAAGAAACGGCUCCGUUAACAGGUGCGAGGACAGACAAAUACACCGGCGUCAAGUCGUGUGUUUGUGCGGCACGGGAUUUGAACAAUAUUCUAAUUUGUGUUCGCGCUAAAUUAGGAGCUUUAUCUACAUAUCUAGCAUAUCUCCGAAGCCUCUUUCGUUCCGGAGGAGGACCGACAAAGCCAUGUCAGCCAAAAAACGGGCGGAUUUCACGAGAAGGAGCCGAAGCCCAGCGGUGUCCGAGGCGGAGAUGUUUGGUGAUUUUCAGGAGUGGUGCCUGCGCACUUACGGGGACUCCGGCAAAACAAAGACCGUCACCCGGCGAAAAUACAACAAAAUUCUGCAGACCCUCUUACAGAGCGACGACUCGGAGGGCGUCUAUAUCGAGAGCAACCACAUCAACGCCAAAUUUAAGUUCUGGGUGAAAUCCAAAGGUUUCCAGGUGGGCAGCACUGACGGCAAGCCGAACGAGAACGGGGCAGCGGACAGACCGGUCCUGUACGUUCCCAUCAAGACAACGCUGCAUCAUCCUGACAACACAAGAGCUAACAGAAUACAAGCAGUCACUCAUCUUCAUUUCCACCGUCAGCAUCUCAUUGCAUCUGCACACUGUAGUGACUGCAGGACAGCCUGUGAGUGUGUGGAUGGGGGCUCGGGGCUGGAGAGCUCCUCACUGAAGAGGGUAGCUGUGGUGGAGGACUUUUAUGACAUCAUCUAUGCCAUGCACGUGGAGAUCAGCUCUGACCCGGCCAAAGCACCCAAACAUGCCGGACAGAAGAAAACGUAUAAAGCGAUAGCGGAGACGUAUGCAUUCCUGCCCAGAGAGGCGGUGACCCGUUUCUUGAUGAGCUGUGGAGAAUGUCAGAAGAGGAUGCACAUCAGCCCCAGCGGAGCAGAGUUCAAAGAGAAUAACCAACCAACUUCUCUGGCUCCCGAGCUCAUAGACUACAACAUGCCCCUCACGACAACCUACUUGAAACAGAAGAAACUACAGUGCAUGAACAACAACGAGCAGGAUGACUGUUCAGUGAGUAGUGAGGAGUUUGAUAUGAGUGACCCCACAUGGAUAUCAGCUGAACGUCACGCCGCACUGUCUGACCUGAACCACCCCUCCAGCGCAGAUAGGAUGCACAGCCCUCAAAACACACACAAGGAAGAGGACGAUGAUUCAUCUUCUGAAAGUGGGAGUGGCAAUGGGAUUCGCACACUGACUCCUCCCUCAGUUGGUGCGGCCGGUGUGAGUGAAAGUACGGGGACGGGACCCGGAUCAGGCUCGUAUGCUGAGGUUAACGGCAACGGCAACGGAAACGGUACCGCGGCACCACUCGACUUCAGCACGACUUCCUCGUCUUCAUCCUCAGAGGACCAGCAACCAGUCAACCUCACCGACAGACUGAGUCAGGCCCUGCCUAGUGCUGCCGCCAUGCUGGCGACCUUUAACCCUGAGCACGCAGAGGAGCUGCGCAGAAAAUACCCUAAAUCCUCAGAGCUACGCCUUGACCGAGACAUCAGGGACUAUAAUAACAAGUCUCCUCAAUACAGUUCAGGCAGCUAUGAUUCAAUAAAGAUUGAGAUGUGCCCUGAAGAUCUGACUGUUGGUCGGUCUCAGACGGCUGACGAUGAUGACGAUGACCACGAUGACCACGACGAUAGCGAUAAGAUCAAUGAUGUAGAAGGAGUGGAUCCAGAGAGGUUGAAGGCUUUUAAUAUGUUUGUACGUCUUUUUGUGGAUGAGAACCUGGACCGUAUGGUGCCAAUCUCUAAACAGCCUAAAGAGAAGAUCCAGGCCAUUAUUGAAUCCUGCAGCCGUCAGUUCCCAGAGUUUCAGGAACGUGCUCGCAAACGCAUCCGUACCUACCUCAAAUCCUGUCGUCGCAUGAAGAAGAACGGCAUGGAGCAGACUAGACCCACACCACCCCACCUGACCUCAGCCAUGGCUGAGAACAUUCUAGCAGCCGCCUGUGAGAGUGAAUCACGCAAAGCUGCCAAAAGAAUGCGCAUGGAUGUCUACCAGGCACACGAUGAGCCGUUAUCUCUGGAUAAGGCAGUCUCUCGUGAGCCAGUCUCACUGACCCACUCUGCGUACUCCCUUGCUGCCUCAGCCUACUCCCAGGACCAGCUAUACAUCAAUGGAGGCCUCAACUAUAGCUACCGUGGUUAUGGCGGACUGUGUGCAACCAUGCAACACCCCGUGUCACUGACAACAGCUACCGCCCAGACCAACGGUCCUACUGAUCUCAGUAUGAAGUCUCUGGCCUCAAAUUCAUCCUCGUCAAGCUCCAGUAGUCUCGGCAGGAACGGAGGAGGAGGCGGAGCCUCGGCUCAGCUUAGCCAUACAGAAGUGGCGGCAGUGCGUCAGCUGAUCGCGGGAUACCGCGAAUCUGCGGCCUUCCUGCUACGGUCGGCAGAUGAGCUGGAGAACCUAAUACUACAACAGAACUGAACCGAUUUCAACACUCUCUCUGACUACACACUGACUGUGUCCCUCACAUGAUCAUCAUCAUCAUUCUCAUCGGUUUUCCAGUCACCACGGAAAACCAUCUAGCUCUUAAAGAUGUUAGAAGAGAGAGAAAACAGCUUCAUCAAGCUUUUGCUUUCAUAUCACUUCGAGAACGGCCGCAAGAUGAAGAGGACGAAUGUGGAGAUGAGUCUCUGAAGGACACUGCAGCACUGAAGCGGACGGUUUCGAUGCGUCCUCCUGCAUUUCAUGCCUUCUCCACGGCCUCCCUCUGCUUAAGCGCCAUUCGUUUCCCCGCUGAGAGCCAUCGAUUUCUGAUUUUCUUUGUUUUUAGCGACUUCAAAGGAGGAAUUACGGCACGCCGAUCCUCCAGACGGCACUAACUAAAUGAAGACACUUUUGAUUUAGAGGCGUAAUGGAAAGAGAGAAGAUAAAAAGAGCAAGAAGAAAACUAAGAGACCUUUGUAUUUGCUGUAAAUAAGCACUCGCUGUGUCCUGAAGCACUUUUCCAUUCGUUCUGACCUCUGAAUCAUUAAUUUAUGCAUAUAGAUACGCAGGUGGUGGAAGCUCACCUGGAAAUACCUCAGCCUGUCUGUCCCGCUCUCUCUCUCUCUCUCCCAGCGUUCCCCUCUCAGUGUGUAGGAGAAGAAAAUUAUCACCUGUCCGUCCUCGACUUCACAGUCCACUGAUUUGGGCAUCGAAGGCAGAGAGUGGGAGGGAAUUUGUUUCUGUAAUUGAAGUGCGGAUUUUCUUUUCCACCUCCUCCAAAUGUGUUGUAUAUAUUCCGAUCCGUUUCAAGGUAUUGAUCGCAAAAACACGCCGGACUUGUUUUGGGAAUGGACCUUUCGCUUCGGCCUCACAGAUGCCAACUCUUAAUGUUUCCUCUGUACGGGUCACCCUCCGUUCUCCACUUCUCUAUGUGUCCUUCCACGUGUACGUCCUCUCUCCUCCUCCACCAUAUUAUUCUGCUUUGGACGGAGAUGGAGAGGAAGGAUCUGGAAUGGAAGCUUGUUAGUCUUUUAUCUGUUGACUUUUCUUAAUGGCCAUUAAUCCACUCUGCUGCUAUGGACUCCAACGUAACGCCACAGACCUGAAACCUCAAGCCUCCCAAACACAACCAGAGCACCUCAAGGCGAAAAAAACAAACAAAAACAAGCAAACACACAAGGCAAAAAAAAGACCAAAACGGAAGCCAAAUCCAAAAGAAACUGCCGUUUUGCAUUCUGGUCGAGAGUGUUUGAUUUAAUACUGAGGGCUGCUUGUGUUUGCUUUUGUUUGAUUUGUUCUAAAAGCGCGGUGUGUGCUUAAAUCUCGAGAUCAACUGGGAUCAAAUCGUCUUUGGCACAAGAGCUUGGCGCGCACAUACACGAACACGCGUACGACGCGAACAGACGCAAUUAAAGGGUCUUUAGUGAACUGAAUAUUUACCAGGAGAGGUUUAAAAAUGUGUAGUUAGCGAGGUAGAUUUGUUUAGGGACUAACUGACAGUAAUGUCACUGUAAUUUGCUCCAUUUGCACACAGAGGCAGUGCUAAUCUGUGAUUGAGGAGCUCGGCGGCUCUGUUUUGCACUGCUAGUGGGGGAUGGAGAAAGAAUAUCGCAAUGCAGAAGAUAAUCAAACGCAUUUCUGGCCCUAAAGGAGACAGACUAAUACAGAGAGAGGGCGACCGUGAUCCCCCGCUGAGGAGCCUUCAGAAUCAUUACAUACAUAAUCACAUGACCGGGACCUACUUAUGAUUGAAAGCCAUGAUGAUGAGCGAGUGUGACCACAGACUACACUGCCCUCGUAAAACAUAUUUGUGUGCAA